AUGACUUCCAGAAUAAGUGACACAAUACAAAGAUCUUUGCGACGUCUUAAAAUUCUCAGUAAUCACAUGGCUGUCCGCAGAAGAAUAUGCUCGUCCCUGGUAGACCAAAGUCAUCAUGGGCCAUGUAUUACAGUCACGCCUUCCGUCGGUAUGGUCGACGAAAAAGUUAAUUUUGACAUCCGUGGAUUGGUUGCCAAACAGAUUGUAACAGUUGUUGCAGAUGUUGUGGAAAAUGGAAUGAAAUUCGAAUCCUGGUGUGUUUUUCAAGCAGAUGGCAACGGGGAAAUAAAUAACUUUUCUACUGAAUCAAUACAUGGCACUUUUAAAGGUAUUGAACCAAUGGGAUUAUUCUGGAGUCUGCGUUGUGUAUCUGCACCAAAGAAGUAUGUUAGACUGGUGAAGAAAGACGUCAGUACACCAAUGAACUUCAGUAUAAAGGUUUAUCCUGACAACCAGAACAAGGCCACAUUGAUGCACCAGCCGCUCACAGAGACUAGUGUUCAAAGGUUAUACAAAAAGCCAGGGGUCAAAAGAAUACCGCUCGCAGGAAAAUUUAAAGGAACAAUAUUCAUUCCAGAAGGAGACGGUCCAUUCCCCGGAUUGAUUGACAUGUAUGGAGCCUUAGUUAGUCUCGUUGAAACACGUGCAGCGUUGCUAGCGUCUCACGGGUAUGCUACUCUAGCAUUAUCAUAUCUAUAUGGUGAAGGACUGCCAGAUAUGGUGUACGAUGCCGAUUUUACCUAUAUAAAGGAAGCAUUUGAAUGGUUUAUUAAACAAGAUUACAUUGACAAAAACAGACUUGGAACAGUUGGGAUUAGCUUUGGUGGAUUGUUUUCUCUGGUGCUGGCCUCUGUUUUCCCUCAGGUACGGGCUGCAGUCGAUAUAAAUGGAAUACCCAUUACACCUGAGGUAAACACGAUCAUUUGUGAUACAGCGGACUGGCUUGACAAAAAUAAAGUAUUCAAAGCGGAAGAAGGAAUUGUGAUCAAGAAUGUUUACGACUGUGACAACCCCUGGCCAGUGCCAGUAAGAUUUUAUUUCUACUUUCCGAAGAAUGAAAGAUCUAGGGCCAUCAUGACACUCUUGUUUAAUUCGAAUGGAACGCCGCUUUUUAAUAAAGAUAUACAACGUACUUCAUUUUUGGCCUGGCAGCAUGGUGCAAAGAUCCUAGUUAUAGCAGGUGAAGAUGAUCAGCAAAUGCAUCCGAAAUGGUACACAUUCUAUUACGACAGUUGUCCCCCGCAAUUCAAAGCGAACGUGAAGGUCUACCGGUAUCCAGGUGCUGGACAUAUGAUAGAACCGCCAUAUAUACCAAAUACAAGGGGCGUGAGUCCAGGACGGAACAGAUUAAGAACAGUCGAUUUUGUUCCAGAAAAAUUCUAUGAUGAAGAUAUGAUGGUCGGUGGAUGGCCCGAUAAACAUGCGCAUGCUGAGGAAGAUUCUUGGAAGAAAAUAUUGAAUUUCUUGGAAGAAAAUGUAAAACAUGUGAGCCAAGAAGAUAAUCCGGGAGGUGAAUUUUAAAGGAGAACGUAUACAAAAAGACCGUACUGAGAGUUCUUCGCGUACUUUGAUUGUGGUAGUGGGCUGCCAUUUUGUACAUGCAACGGUAACAAGUAAACAUUAGAAUGGACCUUAUAUGUAGGAAUGGAAUGAAUAAAUGACAGUUGAAAGAACUCAGGUUGCUUCCUUCGACUCUCUUUAUCUUACGAAAAUCCGUAAAGUAAUGUGGAAACUGUAGGCAAAAUUUUACCUGAAUCGAAACAUUUUCUAGGUGUUUAAGGUGUCCAAAAGUCGCGUGGGUUGACACCCUGUUGCUCCCCUCUGGUUCAAAAGUAUCAUACUUGUAUCACAUUGUACAUGGAAAUAUAAAGGCAAAAAUGACAAAACUACAAAAUAACUUUAAUUCUAUAAUGGACGUAUAAUGGACGUAUAAUGGUUUUAAACAGAUCGGAACUGUAAAUACAUCAAACAAUUGAUAUGAUAUAUCACGUAUAACACUAACUUCGUUUGAUAUAAUAUUUUGUUGAUAAGCGUUUUCAAACAUCUUUAUCAAGCUUGAA